AAUGAAAGCGACGUGGCACAAUAGUUGUUGGCAAUUUUCUGAGUUUAUAAUUUGUCAUCGACUUCCAGAUUUCUUGUGAAAAUGACGACUUAUCAAGACUUUAUAACUCAAAAUGAAGAUCGUGAUGGUGUUAGAUUUAGCUGGAAUGUUUGGCCUUCAAGCCGUCUUGAAGCCACACGAAUGGUUGUUCCCGUUGGUUGUAUGUAUACACCACUAAAAGAACGGCCAGAACUACCUCCAAUUUGUUACGAUCCUGUUCUUUGCACCAGGAACACUUGUAGAGCGGUUUUAAACCCUUUUUGCCAAGUGGACUAUCGAUCCAAAGUAUGGCAUUGCAAUUUCUGCUUCCAGCGAAAUGCGUUCCCUCCUCAGUAUGCAGGAAUAUCAGAACAACAUCAACCUGCAGAGCUCAUUCCUCAGUUCUCCACCAUUGAGUAUACUCUCCAGCGUGGUGGUGGCUCUGGUCCACUGAUCUAUCUGAUUGUGUUGGACACAUGCAUGGAUGAUGAAGACUUUCAAGCUGUGAAGGAAUCGCUACAGAUGUCGCUGAGUCUUAUGCCACCUAAUGCUUUAGUUGGACUCAUCACAUUUGGUAAAAUGGUUCAUGUUCAUGAGUUGGGAUGUGAAGGUUGUUCCAAGAGCUAUGUCUUUAGAGGAACAAAGGACCUCAAUGCUAAACAAAUACAGGACAUGCUUGGCUUGGGAGGCAGUGCACGAGGACAACAGGCUCAGAUGAGAGGCGGGCCUGUUCCACCACAACAACAACCUAAUGAAACAUUUAACAGAUUUCUUCAGCCAGUCCACAAAUGUGACAUGAGCCUUACUGAUUUACUGGGAGAGCUUCAACGUGAUCCAUGGCCUGUUCCCACUGGAAAACGACCCCUGAGGUCCACUGGUGCAGCUCUAUCAAUUGCUGUUGGUCUGUUGGAGUGUACGUACCCCAACACUGGUGGAAGGAUCAUGCUGUUCAUGGGUGGACCUGGAACACAGGGCCCAGGUAUGGUGGUUGAUGAGGAGUUGAAGAAUCCAAUGCGAUCACAUCAUGACUUGGAGAAAGAAAAUGCAAGAUAUGUCAGGAAAGCUAUCAAGCAUUAUGAAGCAUUGUCAAGACGCACAGCAGAGAAUGGCCAUGUGGUUGAUAUAUUUGCAUGUCAGCUGGAUCAGACAGGACUGCAUGAGAUCAAGAGUUUCCCCAAUGUGACUGGAGGUUACAUGGUGAUGGGUGACUCAUUCAACACAGCACUUUUUAAACAGACUUUCCAAAGAGUUUUUGCCAAAGACAUGCGAGGAGAGUUUAAAAUGGCUUUUGGUGCAACACUUGAAGUGAAGACUUCAAGAGAGUUGAGAGUAUCAGGAGCCAUUGGACCCUGUAUAUCAAUGGACAGAAAAGGACCAAAUGUAUCAGAAACAGAAAUUGGUGUUGGAGGAACUUGUGCAUGGAAGCUCUGUGGAUUGGAGCCUCAAACAACACUGGGAGUUUUCUUUGAAAUAGUAAACCAGCACACAGCACCAGUCCCCCAGGGUGGACGAGGCAGCAUACAGUUCAUCACACAGUACCAACAUUCCAGCGGUCAGCGGAGAGUACGAGUCACAACAUGCGCACGAAACUGGGUAGAGUCGUCAAGUAUUCAACACAUUGCUAUGGGUUUUGACCAAGAGGCUGCCGCUGUUAUGAUGAGUAGAAUAGCUGUGUUCAGAGCCGAGGGGGAUGAUGGUCCUGACGUGUUACGGUGGUUAGAUCGCAUGCUCAUCAGAUUGUGUCAGAAGUUUGGUGAAUACCACAAGGAUGAUCCAGGAUCAUUCCGUCUGGCGGAUAACUUCACUUUAUAUCCACAGUUCAUGUUUCAUCUAAGACGUUCACAGUUUCUUCAAGUGUUCAACAACAGCCCCGAUGAGACAGCUUACUACAGACAUAUUUUGAACCGAGAGGAUGUGACCAACUCGUUGAUUAUGAUUCAACCUAUUUUGUACUCGUAUUCCUUCCAAGGACCUCCCGAGCCGGUAUUACUAGAUUCUAGCAGUAUCUUGGCAGACAGGAUUCUUCUCCUGGACACGUUCUUUCAGAUCCUUAUAUUCCACGGAGAGACAAUUGCACAGUGGAAAAAAGCCGGCUACCAUAAUGACCCUCAGUAUGAAAGUUUCCGUCAACUUCUCCAAGGUCCUGUGGAUGAUGCGGGUGAGAUCCUUCAGGUCCGAUUUCCAAUGCCAAGAUACAUCGAGACCGAGCAUGGCGGCUCUCAGGCUCGUUUCCUGCUGUCUAAAGUGAACCCUUCACAGACGCAUAACAACAUGUUCGCCUGGGGUCAAGAUGCUGCUGGUGCGCCUGUCCUUACUGAUGACGUCAGUUUACAGGUGUUCAUGGAACAUCUCAAGAAACUGGCCGUGUCCAACACUUCUUAAACAUUCCCCGCGAAUAUCCCCGGGAUCAUUCCUUAAGAAUUUCCCUGGGAGGAUACCCUGGGGAGAAAUUCCCUACAGAAGGCUCACAGGACAAACAACUUGGAGAAUUCCUGGGGAAUAUAUUCUUGGGGUGCCCCCCCCCCCCCUUUUUUUUUU